UGGCUCUCUAUUUUCAUCACUAUAUAUACCUCUAUCUAUAUCUAUAUAUUUGUUUGCAUACAGAAGAAGAUCAUCGGAGCAGCCGUCGUAUCGGAAGCCGGAAUAACCUACGCGUAUUUAUUCAUUCAGUCUCUCGAUCGCGAAUCGAAAGUUUGAAAGUUCGUUAUCUUAAGUUUCCAUUAAUUAGUUAAUAGUUGUACUUUAUAUAAUUUCGGUUUUAUUUUUUGUCUUUUAGGUAUGUGUUAUAUCAUAAUCAUCAUCGUUAUUAUCUUUGUGAUUUUAGUAUCUAAAUUUCUGAUAGGGUUCUUGUGUGUGUAGUUUUUGUUGCUAAUUAUUAAGAUUACUAUUAGUAUUAGUAUAAUUUCUGUUUGGCUGCUGAACGUGCCACCAGAAAAGGUUUUAGGAUUUACAUGGCUUGUUAUUAUCUAUAUCUGUAUGUUUUGUGCUGUACGGUUCGACUGUGUGAUAUGUGGAGCUCACGAUGUUAUUACGGUACUGCUGCAGUACGUGCUGAUCAUUAUCCUAUAAAACUUUGUGUGAUAGCGUUAGAUUGGAACAAAGGUGUGUAUGGCCCCAAUACGAGGGAAGGAACACUGUGUUAGGCUCGUUUAGGAGAACUCGUGUUUUGAAAGCAUGGAGAUUGUUCGUCCCUUCUAUUUCGGUUCUUGGUUUUUGAUAAUUUUGUUUGGAGUUUGGACCGAGAUGGUUGAAUCACCUGGCUUCUGCAUUGUGGUCCUAAGCAGUGUAAAACUCUGACAGUUAAGGUUUACUUUCUCAACGUCUCUAACUUGUGAAAACAUUUAUCUGUUGAUUCACAAAAGAAAGACCUUUAACAGUGCGAACUUGGAAAAAAAAUAUAUAUAUAUAUAUAUAUGUCUAUUAAAGUAGUUAUGCCCACUUCCCUAAUUUCCUGUCGCUAACCUGAGCACUCCAUCCCCAAAGGUUUUUUUUUUGUUUUGUUUCAAGUUCAUACCUUGCGGUCCAUCGAACUCUAUCUAAUUUGACUCAAGAUAAGUGGUCGUUUGGAUGGAAUCUUGUUGAUUGGUCAGUCUUAUGGGUGGUCUUGACUUUAAGUUCAUACGAUAGGUUUCUUUUAUUGAAGUUGUAUUUGGUGCAGAAUGGCUGUUGAGGUAGACUUUUCCCUAAUGGGCAGGAUAAUCACUUGAUUUAUGAAUCAGUGAUGCUUUCUGCUCUUUCUGUUUUCUUUUUUCCAAAUCAGGACGUACUUGAUUUUGUGAUCUAUUGCUCUUACCUUAGGUCAUGCCACUGUUUUAGUGGUAUCAUAAUUAGACGGAUGUUGGCUUCUUCAAGAAUCAAGAAACCAUGCCGUGGAUAUCCUCAUUUCUUGGAGACGUGGAAUUACUCAAUGCUGAACUUUAGUUAUAUUAGACCUAUUUUUUUGGUGACGACUCCUCUUGGAGUUUACUGCUUGCAGCUGUUCAACAUUGAUUGGAUUAUGUUGUUGCUGAUUUCAACUGAUGUGCUGAAGUGUGAGAGAAAGCCACAUUGUCUCUGGAUUUUUGCCCAGUGAUGGACAACUAGAUGUGCUUUCUGUAAACGUAGGAUUUCUUUGCUUAAUAUGUCCCUGAAUGCAGGUGCUUUCUACCAUAGUAGUCAUUAAUUUGAUAUUAGAAUCUGAAAAUGGAGGCUCCACUCAAUCUUCCGACAAGUUUGCACCUUCAAGAGAGGAAUGCAGAAUCUACGACAGAAGCUAUUACCCUUACGGAGGAACCGAAGUCAUGUGGUCAACAUGAUCACGAGGAUAGUGAGCACAUUGAUACGGAAACUAAGAACUCAGAAGUUCUUGAUGGAUAUGGAUGUUCUCAUUACCGUCGCAGGUGCCGUUUAAGGGCCCCAUGUUGUAAUGAGAUAUUUGAUUGUCGUCAUUGUCAUAAUGAGGCAAAGAAUGACAUUAACGUUGAUAAAAAAGAUAGGCAUACCAUCCCUCGCCAUCAGAUCAAACAGGUUAUAUGCACCCUUUGUGGUACUGAACAAGAGGUUCGGCAAACAUGCGUCAACUGUGGUGUGUGCAUGGGCAGAUACUUUUGUGGGUCGUGCAAGCUUUAUGAUGAUAAUAUAUCCAAGAGACAGUAUCACUGUGAUGGUUGUGGAAUUUGCAGGAUUGGCGGGCAGGAGAACUUUUUUCACUGUAACAAAUGUGGAUGCUGCUACCCAAAUUUUCUGAGAGAGAGCCACCCAUGUGUUGAACGAGCUAUGCACCAAGACUGCCCUGUAUGCGUUGAGUAUCUAUUUGACUCAAUUGAUGUUGUCACGGUCAUGCCUUGUGGCCAUACUAUUCAUAAGGAAUGUUUAAAGGAAAUGAAGCUACACUCACAAUAUGCUUGCCCUCUCUGCUGUAAGUCAGUUUGUGAUAUGUCAGAGAUGUGGGAGAAAAUUGACAUGGAGGUCGCUGUUACACCGAUGCCUGAGUUUUAUCAAAACAAAAUGAUCUGGAUCCUCUGCAAUGACUGUGGUGCGAAUUCUGAAGUGCCGUUCCAUAUCGUGGCUCACAAGUGCCCCAAUUGCAAAUCCUACAACACCCGCCAAACUAGAGGCUGAUAUGGUGCCAGUUUGCUUUUGGGAAAUCUCCUUUCUUUGAAAUGGUGCUUCCGUUAUCUGGAGAUGCAGCGGCUUGGGUUAUCAUGUAUUCUUGUUGCCUGUGUUCUUUAGCUGGUUGGUUGGAGUACCUGCUCUGUACUUUCCCUUGAAAAGUUUGAUGUUUUAAGCCUAGAGUUCUAGUAGGCAGAUACUCACUGUUGAUCAACAUUGUAAGAAGCUUUUCAUCAAGGGUCUUGUUUAUGAAGCGUUGUUCCCUGGGGAAAUUGUAAAACCUGCUAGCCCUUCCCCAUCCCUCCACCCCCUUGGUGUAUUCGAUGGUACUUGAUUUGUCAUUGUUGUGGCUUCAUCUAUGUAUCAUGUUCAUUCUCUGAAA